AUAGGUCGAAAAUCUAUUUUGUAUGUGGCUCCAUUCUCUGUAUAUCUGCGGAGUCUGCAGUCUUCUGAUUUCUGACUUGACUUCUGCUGGUCGUGGAACAACGGUGGAUAGAUAAGUUGCAUGGUCCCGAUUGCAAUUCUCAAUUUCAUCAGAAACAGAAAGUCGAAUAGAAAUGGCUGUCGUGUUAAGCGUUUCGAAAACUAGUGCACCCGUUGGAACACUUCUCUUAACUGAAUAUGUGAGGCCCGUGUUACCGGUUAACUUUAUAUGGGAAAAGGAUUUUUCUUUGAAAAUUAACAAUGAUUUGGUUUUGACUUGUCCAUCAAGUUGUAAUCGCUAUUUUGCUAGAUGUUCUGGAUCACUUAACUUAUAUGGAUCUUCCCUUCUCGAAAGAACUGAAGUUGAUCAUUGGAUUAGUUUUGCCAGUGGACUUAAAGGAAGUGAUGAAGAUCUUUCAAAAAUUGAAAAGGCAUUAUUCAUGGCCACAUUUCUUGUUGGGGAGAAUAUUACAGCUGCCGAUUUAGUUCUUUGGGGAUCUCUCUUUGUUUCUGGUCAAUGUCAUCUAAGAAAUCAGGAUUCUAACCAGUAUGUGAAUAUCAAAAGAUGGUAUAAAUUGAUUGAAAGUCAGGAAUUGGUGAAAAAAGUCGUGAAGAAUCUUCCUGAAGAUGUCAAAAUUACAAGUCGCACUUCCCCUAACCACGGUUCUUCUACUUCAACCCGAAAAGAGGAAGGAAAGUUUGUGGAUCUUCCAGGAGCCGAAGAAGGCAAAGUCGUUGUCCGUUUCCCACCUGAAGCUAGCGGCUAUCUUCAUAUCGGUCACGCAAAAGCCGCGUUGCUUAAUCAGUACUAUCAACAACUCUUCAAAGGAACGCUUAUUAUGCGAUUUGAUGAUACUAAUCCUGCCAAAGAAAAUGCCGAGUUCGAAAAAGUUAUCCUUGAAGAUUUGGAAAUGUUGCAGAUUAAGUAUGAUAAAUUGACCCACACUUCUGAUCACUUCGAUUUGAUUGAACGAUACUGCGAGCAAAUGCUGAAAGAAGGCAAGGCUUAUAUCGAUGAUACUGAUCCUGAGACCAUGAAGCAAGAAAGAGAUCAAAAAUUGGAGUCGAAAAACCGCGUAAACAGUGUCGAUAAAAAUUUUGCUCUUUGGAAGGAAAUGAAAAACGGAACUGAUAUUGGUCUGAAGUGUUGUGUCCGAGCCAAAAUUGACAUGCAGUCGGUGAACGGUUGUAUGAGAGACCCUACAAUGUAUCGUUGCAAACCAGAACCCCAUGUCCGAACCGGUUACAAAUAUAAAAUAUACCCAACGUACGACUUUGCUUGCCCUAUCGUCGACAGCAUUGAAGGUGUAACACAUGCAUUAAGAACGACCGAGUACCACGAUCGAGAUGAUCAAUAUUAUUGGUUCAUUGAAGCCCUGAAUUUACGAAAGCCCUAUAUUUGGGAAUACGCUCGCCUUAGCAUGAUUAAUACUGUUCUUUCUAAACGCAAACUGACAUGGUUUGUCCAAAACGGCCAUGUUGAUGGAUGGGAUGAUCCUCGAUUCCCAACCGUUCGUGGCGUUCUUCGUCAUGGAAUGACCGUCGAAGGAUUAAAACAGUUCAUUAUAGCUCAAGGAUCUUCACGCUCAGUUGUUCAAAUGGAGUGGGACAAAAUUUGGUCAUUUAACAAAAAAAUCAUUGACCCGAUAGCCCCUCGCUACACGGCAUUGGAAAGAAACACUGUUAAAGUACAUGUUCGCGGCGUUAAAGAGACGUGUGUUACUGCCGCAUUGCACCCGAAGAAUCCAGAUGUUGGUUCCAAAGAAGUCUGGAUGAGUGAUCAGGUAUUAAUUGAUUUAGCAGACGUGGAAAGCCUUCGAGUGGGAGAAAAUGCCACUUUUAUCAAUUGGGGAAAUCUUCGAAUUGUCAGCAUUAACAAAGGCAAAGAUAGUGUGUCCGUUGAAGCUGAACCAAACCUAGAUGACAAGGAUUACAAAAAAACACCGAAAUUAACUUGGAUUUCCAAUACUGAGAAGGCUAGGCCAAUUCCCUGUGUCUCAGUAUUUUUUGAUCACAUCAUUUCUAAACCAGUGCUUGCAAAAGAUGAAGACUUUAAACAGUACAUCAAUACGAACACACGGACUGAGGUGUUGAUGCUGGGCGAUCCAGAACUCAUCAAGGUGAAGAAAGGUGACAUAAUUCAGCUCCAGAGACGUGGAUUUUUCAUUUGUGAUUCUCCUUAUGAGCCUAUCAGCACUCAUAGUUGUCGUGAGGCACCGAUCAUUCUGUUCUCGAUUCCAGACGGUUCGAAACCUGUUGAACCAGCAAAAACUACUACCGUAGCAUCUUCAAAAAAAGCCGUCAAUUCAGAAAUUUCCAAACCCAAGGAAGUUGAGAAAGCAGCUGUUCAGACUAAAGAAGUUGAUGUUAAAUCUCUACAUGAACAAGUGCAAACUCAAGGGGAAAAGGUUCGAGAUUUGAAAGCAAACAAGGCAGACAAGACUCAAAUUGACACUGCUGUCAAGGAGUUACUUGCAUUGAAAAGCAAGUUUAAGUUGGCAACCGGCAUGGAGUGGAAGGCAGAUAGUGCAAUCCCAAGUCAAGUGGAGAAACAAGACAACGAUUCAACAUUAAAUGUUGAUAAACUUGAUGCUGCCAUUAAAGCAUGUGGAGAUCAAGUGAGAGAUUUGAAAGCAAAGAAAGCUGACAAGGGUGAAAUUGAUGCAGCUGUCAAAGAAUUACUCUCUCUCAAAGCUUCUUUCAAAAGUAGUUUUGGUGUGGAAUGGGGUCCAAAUGUGGCUUUCUCUCUUGCACCAGCUAAUGCACCUAUUAGUACUCCUACAUCUACUAACCAAGAUUCUCUAAGCAUUCAGAUCAAAGAAUGUGGUGAUAAAGUGAGAGACUUGAAAGCUAAGAAAGCUGAAAAAGCCGAAAUCGACUCCGCAGUAAAAGCUCUCCUGACCCUAAAAUCAUCGUAUAAGGCACUAACCGGAGUAGAAUGGAAUCCCAAUUUGGUACCAGCGCCCGCAAAUAAAUUGGCCCCAACCCCGGUCGCAACCUCGGGCACGAGUGAUUCUCUCAGUGUGCAGAUCACCGAGUGUGGGAAUAAAGUGAGAGAUCUGAAAGCCAAUAAAGCUGCGAAGGGUGAAAUUGACACGGCUGUCAAAGAACUAUUGAGCUUGAAGGCUACCUACAAAGCUACUACUGGACUGGAAUGGAAACCAACUACAACAACAGAAAAUAAAUCGGCUGUAGAUGCUGCUGUUAAAAAAGAAGCACCUGUUAAGAAAAUGGAAAAGGAAAAGAAACAAGAACCAAAGAGUAAAGAGAAGAAAACUGAAGCAAAGAAUAGUGAAGAAACGAGUAGUGGACUCAAAAAGCAGACUCGUUUGGGCUUAGAAGCUAAAAAAGACGAAAACCUUGCUGAAUGGUAUUCACAGGUUAUCACCAAAGCCGAAAUGAUCGAGUACUAUGAUGUUAGCGGUUGCUACAUUCUUCGACCAUGGGCUUACGCCAUUUGGGAAUCUAUUAAAGAUUUUUUCGAUGCCGAGAUCAAGAAGCUUGGUGUUCAAAAUUGCUACUUCCCCAUGUUUGUUUCUCAUCAUGCCCUAGAGAAAGAGAAGACUCACAUUGCCGACUUUGCUCCUGAAGUAGCGUGGGUUACCAAAUCUGGUAACAGUGAUCUUGCUGAACCUAUUGCUAUCCGACCCACGAGUGAAACGGUUAUGUAUCCUGCUUAUGCAAAGUGGAUUCAAUCUCAUCGCGAUUUACCUCUUAAGUUGAAUCAGUGGAAUAACGUCGUUCGCUGGGAAUUCAAACAUCCACAACCUUUUUUACGCACGCGUGAAUUCCUAUGGCAAGAGGGUCAUACAGCUUUUGCUACCGCUAAGGAAGCUGAAGAAGAAGUUUUUCAAAUUUUGGAACUUUACAGCCAAGUAUACACAGACCUGAUGGCAAUUCCCGUAAUCAAAGGAAGAAAAACUGAGAAGGAAAAGUUCGCAGGUGGAGAUUUUACUACCACUGUUGAAGCAUUUAUCGCCGCUAGUGGGAGAGGAAUCCAGGGUGCAACGUCUCAUCACUUAGGACAAAACUUUUCAAAAAUGUUUGAAAUUGUGAUUGAAGAUCCUGAAACGAAAGAGAAAAAGCACAUUUAUCAAAACUCUUGGGGACUCACCACUCGCACGAUUGGUGUUAUGGUUAUGGUUCACAGCGAUGAUAAAGGAUUAGUUCUUCCACCAAAUGUUGCCUCAAUUCAGGUUGUCAUUGUCCCUUGCGGAAUAAAUGUGAAUGUUAGUGAAGAAGAAAAGAAUAACUUGAUGACGGCCUGCCAAGAGUAUGAAAAGGUUUUGAGUGCAGCUGGAAUUCGUGUUAAAGGGGACUAUCGAGACAACUACAGUCCAGGAUGGAAAUUUAAUCACUGGGAGUUGAAAGGUGUUCCUCUUAGAGUGGAAAUCGGCCCUCGUGAUGUAAAACAAGGAGAAUAUGUUGCAGUUCGUCGUGACACAAGCGAAAAACUAACUAAAUCAAUGGCUUCUGCCGCUGGAGAUAUUAAACAACUACUGGACACCAUUCAGAAAGCCCUUCUUGAUAAAGCUACACAAGAGUUGGAAAGCCACACAGUGGUUGUGGAAAAUUUCGGCGAUUUUAUUUCUCAGUUGGACAAGAAAAACAUUAUUCUUUCUCCUUUCUGUGGGGAGGGUUCAUGCGAAGAGAAAAUCAAGAAGGAAUCUACUCGUGAUGAUGGCGCAGAUCCAGGGGCACCGGCGAUGGGGGCAAAAAGUCUUUGUAUUCCUUUCAAGCAGCCAGCCGAAUUGAAAGUUGAUGCAAAAUGCGUUUACCCCGGGUGUUCUAACAAACCCAAAUACUACUGUCUAUUUGGCCGUAGUUAUUAAACUUAACGUGUGAAACCUUUAUAUUAAACUCAAUAAUAUCACGUUUCUUGGUUUGAGUUUUAAAAAAUAAAUGGGUUUUUCUGAA